AUGCCUGCCGACCGUGGAUUCGCAACUCGCGAGGCGCUCCCCAUGCCCUCCAAGCCCCCGUACACCGCCCACCUGGGCAACCUCUCCUUCGAUGCCACCGAGGGCGACGUGACCGACUUCUUCGCCGACUGCGAGGUGACCAACGUGCGCAUCGUCGAGGACAAACUGGACCGAAAGCCCAAGGGUUUCGGCUACGUCGAAUUUGGCAGCGUUGAUGGACUGAAGAAGGCGCUUGACCUGUCUGGCACAUCUUUCCAGGGCAGGAAUAUCCGUGUCAGCGUCGCUGAACCCCGUACGUCAUGUGUCUACAGGAUGCACUCAAACAAUUACUUACAAGUCACAGCCAAGGACCGCGAAGAAGCCCGCGUCAUCACAGACUGGACCCGAAAGGGACCCCUCCCUGAUCUACCUGGCCAGCGCAGCAGCUCCGGACGCGGCGGCUUCGGCUCGGGCCGUGACCGCGCUUUCGACGCAGGAUCUGACGCCGGCAGCGAGCGUGGUGAGCGUCGCCGCCCACCUCCAUUCGAGAGCGACGGAAAGCCCCGCGACUUUGGCAACUGGGAGCGCCGAGGACCUCUUUCUCCAUCCGCUGCACCUCCUCCCAGCGAGGGCGGCCGCACCCGAGGUGGCUUCGAAGGAGGUCCCCGCGAGGGCCGCCGACAGUCCCCCGCCUGGGGCGAGGGUCAAGGCACUGAAGGCUCUCGUGGACCCCGCCGUGAGUUCCAGGAGCGACCGCAAUUUGAGAGGCAGCCUACUGCGGCAGACAAUGACAACCAGUGGCGGUCCAAGAUGCGCCCCGAUGCGCCUAUCAAGUCGCCAACAUCCACACCCGACGCUAGCACGCCAUCAUCACCGGCACCGCAGGCCGCUGCACCCGCCGGCCGCCCUCGCUUGAACCUGGCCAAGCGAACCGUCUCUGAGGCUCAACCAGCUCAAGACGCGUCCACUCCUUCGGACAAGCCCAACCCCUUCGGUGCUGCCCGACCCAUCGACACCGCUGCCCGUGAGAAAGAGAUCGAGGAGAAGAGGCAGCUUGCUUUGCGCCAGAAGAAGGAAGCCGAUGACAAGGCGCGCGAGGAGAAGAAGGCCAAGGAAGCCGCGGAGAAGCCAGCACCCAAGGACUCAGCACAGCCAACGCCGACAAAGAAGGAGGAGAAUGAUAGCGAGGAGAAGCCCAAGUCCAACUUCGAGAUCCUCCAACGGGUGGACGAGGGUAACUCUGCCGGCCAGGAUGAGGAUGCCGAGGGAGAGAUUGUACACGACAAGGACGUCAAGCCGCAAGAAGUCACUCGCGACCCACCGAAGGCUGAACAAGGCUCAUGGAGGCGGAAGUCCAGCACAACUGCGGCCCCUGAAGGCACUACUACCGAGGUCAUGGACGACGAUGGCUGGAGCACUGUCACCAAGCCCACCAAGAACGUUAAGAACAACCGCCGAGGAGGCGGAGGUGCCCCGGCCCGCGCCAUCGCGUCUUAG